UGCGAAUCGGGUAGGGGAUGGACCGAGUUCUGGGUCGCGGGGACGAGAGUUCAGGAAGAUCUGCCGAGUGAGGUUCUGUUCCCUGGAGCUGCACCGGGUUCCCUACGAGUCUCCUUCAGCCUCCCCGCUUCGGAGCGUGAGACUGAAGGCAUCCUGACAGAGGGCCUUCCAUCCCCCUAAGCAUCUUACCCAGAGAUCUAUAAGUUCUGAUCUUGAAGUACGAGGCCCCCAGGGAAGUUCGUUUCUAACCUCCCAGAAGGGUUAGAGGGGGACCAAGGCUGCCAAAUUCCCGCCUGCUGUGAUGGGUAGGCCAAGCGGGAGCAUGGGGCAGAGGCUCCAAGCCUUGAAUCUUCAUCUCCCAUUUCCGCUUCCAGCGGGGUGCCACGGCUCGGGAAGCAUGACGACCGAGACCUUCGUGAAGGAUAUCAAGCCCGGGCUCAAGAAUCUGAACCUUAUCUUCAUUGUACUGGAGACAGGUCGGGUGACCAAGACAAAGGAUGGGCACGAGGUUCGGACUUGUAAAGUGGCAGACAAAACGGGCAGCAUCAACAUCUCAGUGUGGGACGAUGUGGGCAACCUAAUCCAACCCGGGGACAUUAUCCGACUCACCAAAGGGUACGCCUCAGUGUUCAAAGGUUGUCUGACACUAUACACUGGCCGUGGGGGCGAUCUGCAAAAGAUUGGAGAAUUCUGCAUGGUUUAUUCUGAAGUUCCUAAUUUCAGCGAGCCCAAUCCAGAGUAUAACACCCAGCAGGCAUCCAACAAAUCGGUGCAGAAUGACAGCAGCCCUACUGCCCCACAAGCUACCACAGGACCCCCUGCCGCCUCUCCAGCUUCCGAGAGCCAGAACGGGAAUGGACUGAGCACCCAGCCAGGUCCUGUUGGUGGCCCCCAUCCCUCUCACGCCCCCUCACAUCCCCCCAGCACCCGAAUCACUCGAAGCCAGCCCAACCACACGCCUUCUGGCCCUCCUGGCCCCUCCAGCAGCCCUGUCAGCAACGGCAAAGAAACCCGCAGGAGCAGCAAGAGAUAGCAAGAGAUGAGGCUUCCUUCCUCCUACCACAGCCACGACCCAGGUGUCUCUUCAGAGAAGAAGACAGUUUUCCAUUAGGCUGUAGCUUUGGGAUUAGAGGGUGAAGUAGCUGUGUUUUAGCCACUAAAUUUCGCUGGAGGGGUGGUAAGCAGUGGUCUUAUCCACCUCAAACUCACGCCCUCCUUGUCCUGCUGAUGCUGUCUGUCCCCUGGGAUCCAGGUCCUCUGCCUGCCCUCCUUUGGAAAAGACAGUCUGGAUUUUGUGUGGGAUAUGAGGGUCUAACUGAAAUCCCUCUUCCUAAUAAACAUUCCCACUUGUUCUGGA